UCGAUUCUUAACAUAUAAAACAAAAAUAUCAAUACAUUUUAUGAUCAAUUUUCUCUAUGACCACCACGUGGUGUUUGAAGGCUUUUUAUUUUUUAUUUUUUUUUAGGGAAAAAAUCAUUAUUUUCUCAUAUGGGGAAGGGAAGAUUUGGUUUUGAGGUUCCAAACUUCUUGGUCUGAUGAGUUUUUGGCCAAUUGUCUAAUCGUCUUUUGUCGUCUUCUCGCAGAAGAAGCAGGCUUCGGUUCAACAAUCCACCUCCUCUAAAUCCCACCUCUUCAGCUCAUAUAAAUAAUUAACAUUGAUAAAUAGUUACUUUCCUAUUGAAUAUAAUAAAAUAAACAAACGUUCAAACUGGCUUCUUCUAUGAAGAUGAUCACCAUUGACUCUAAAUUCAUAUAAUCUAAUUCCAUUCUUCUUUUUCUCUCUAAUUUUUAUGGUAUGGAUUUAUUACAUAAUCCUGGUGAUUGGUUCAAGCUCAGCUAUCUGAUUUUUGCAUUUUGUUCUGCUCUCUUCCUUGGCGCUCUCAAAGGUUUACUUGUGGGACCUAUUGUUGGUCUUAUAUUGAUAGCAGGGAAUGUUGGAGUCAUUCUUGGUUUGCUCCCAGCCCAUGUUGUGUGGACAGUUUACACCCUAGUAAAGAUUAACAGACUUGAUACACCGCUUAAAGUUGCAAUCUUGUUGGGUUUGCCAGCCUUGUUUGGACUUUGGUUGGGUUUGAGCAUUGGUGGGAGUGUUCUCGUGGGACUUGGCUAUGGAUUCUUCACACCAUGGGUUUCCACUUUUGAAGCCUUCAGACAUGAAAAUGAAACCAAGAAAUAUGUACACAUUGUAGUGGAUGGAACAUGGGAAACCAUCAAAGGAAGCUGUACAGUAGUUCGAGACUUUGCUGACCUGUGCUACCAUUCUUACCCAAUUUGCCUAAAAGAAUUACGUGAAUCCCCUGAUUCAAAUGAGUUUCAAACUCUUAGGUUCAUUCAUGUCCCUGCUUGCAUCGUAGCUGGGUUGAUGGGGCUAAUGGUGGAGGUUCCAUUGUACACUGCAAUUGCUGUGGUAAAGAGUCCAUACAUGUUAUUCAAGGGAUGGUUUAGGCUUAUACAUGAUCUCAUUAGCCGAGAAGGACCAUUUCUUGAAACAGCAUGCAUACCAAUUGCCGGUUUGACAAUCUUGGUUUGGCCGAUUGUUGUCGUUGGAAGCGUCAUAUUAGCUGCUUUCUCUAGUAUUUUUGUUGGACUGCAUGCAUCGGUCAUAGUCUAUCAGGAAAGAUCUUUCAGAAGAGGUGUGGCUUAUGUGAUUGCUAUGGUUGCUGAAUUUGAUGAAUACACCAAUGAUUGGCUUUAUCUCCGGGAGGGGUCUAUUUUCCCAAAGCCCCAGUAUCGAAAGAAAAGCGUUUCAAGAACACAGUCAUCUGUUGGAGCGAAUCAAGUGGCUGGAGUCAUAUCCAGUUCUGUUUCGUCAGAAGCACCUGCAAUGCUUGUGCCGAGUUUAGCUCAUUCAAGAUCAGUGAGAGAGACCAUACAAGAAGUGAAAGUAGUGCAGAUAUGGGGAAACAUGAUGAAAUCUUGUGAAAUUAGAGGCAAGGAAUUAUUGGAUGCUAAUGUGAUAACACCAGCGGAUCUCUAUGAGUGGUUGAAAGCAAAGAACAGCAAUGAAGCAGUGAUUAUUGAUGUAGGCUUGCCUUGCUACUCAUUACUGCAGUUUUUGCUGCACUCCAUUGAAUUAAAUUCAAGUGGUCUAGUGCUGCUUGAUAAUUUUGAGGUAACCCACUUGAAUAGACCCAAGGACAAAUUGUUAGAUUGGUUCUUUAAUCCAGUAAUGGUUUUAAAAGAACAGAUUAAGGCCAUAGCCUUAGAAGAAGGUGAGGUGAGAUUCUUGGAGAAGGUUGUUCUUUUUGGAAGCAAUACACAACGCAUGGAAGCUUGGGAAAAUGGGAGUUUAACACCUAAAGAUGCUCUAAGAGCUGCUCAAAUUCAGGGACUCAGUAGAAGGAUGACUGGAAUGGUGAGAAGCGUAUCGAAGUUUCCUACUCACCGGAGGAGAUUUCGCCAAGUUGUGAAGGAUUUGAUGGCCUAUUAUUUAGAGAAGGAGAAUUCUAAUAGGCCAUUUUCCAUGAGAUCUACUGCAUCCAUUGAAAAUGUGUAAGGAGACCUACUUUAACAUGGUUCCUUUUAUCAUUUUAAGCAAAGAAAAGUUUCAGUGUGAAUAUCCUUUAGAAUUAGUAUGUGUGUUGAUAUACAUCACUCUAAAUUUAACAUUCAGACAGUAGUGCAGGCUAAAAAAAUACAUGUUCGAUUGUGCAAAAUUUGGGAGCUAAAACAUUCCAAUUUAAUAGCUCUUUCAGUCUUUUAAUACUGAAUGAAAACAUAUAAAUAUAUAUAUAUAUAUAUAUAUUCCUUUC